GCAGACUCGCCAGACUGAGGACCUACAGUAAAUAUUUGUGUUUGGUAAGCCGGCUGUAAUGGUGGAUCACUGAGAAAAGAAACAAGGACCGAAUAGCUGUAAAAGAAGCAAAACGACAAAGACACAUUAAAAAAAAAAAAAAAAAAAAACACGAGAUCUCAGUCAAUAUGGACGAGCUCAAGCACCAAGUCAUGAUCAAUCAGUUUGUGUUGACCGCAGGUUGCGCGGCGGACCAGGCAAAGCAGCUUCUGCAAGCGGCACAUUGGCAAUUUGAGACUGCGCUUAGUGCUUUUUUUCAAGAAACCAACAUCCCGUACAGUCACCACCAUCAGAUGAUGUGCACUCCAGCCAACACGCCGGCGACGCCCCCCAAUUUCCCAGACACCCUCACCAUGUUCUCUCGGCUCAAGGCUUCCGAGAGCUUCACCAGCAGCAGUCCCAUAGCCUCCAUGGCCACCUCGCCUCCUCCUCAGGUUAGCUGGGCCAUGACCCCACCACCCCCCAGCCAGCAGGGACUGUGGACUCCAAGGCAGCCCCCCUCACAGGCUCCCCCUCCUGGCUGGCCCGCCACCGUCACCCAGCAGGCCGCUUCUGAACAGAAGGCCAGCGUUGUAAUGGAGGCAGAGAGAUGAGGUCCUGGACCCAGGGCAAUCGGUGGGGGCCGCGCAUUUCUUUACUUUCUGAGAAUGACGGGGGUGGGGGAGGGACAAGCAAUGAACCAUUGUGACGUGGACAAAAAAAACAACAAUAACCAGCUGUUUUUUUUCCAGAAUAAUAGUUUAAAAAAAAAAAAAAAAAAAAGUCAAAUAAGAUUUUUUUUUUUUUUCAUUUUUUAAUGAAACCAACUCGUGUCAUGCUGAAGCUAACCCAAGGAGAAAACUUUAGGCGGACAUAAACCCUUUUUUGUUUAAAUUGGGGGAUCAAGUAUCUUUGUCCAGUACAAGACCUGUGCUACCAGUGGUUGCAUGAAGAGUGAUGAUCUUUUUGUUUUUUGGUAAAGACUUUGGACAGAACCAUCCUGGAGACGUUAUUUCCCAGACUGGCGUUGCAGUCACCUGACUUUCCAAAGCCAACCAAUCAGGGAUUAGCUGCUUUUUAUCACAUAGACACUAAAAAGACUCGCACUGGGUUCCAAUAACUGUUUUAAUUCUUGUCUGUACUCUUCAGGCAAAACACUUGUGAUUUAUUAGAGGGAGGGGAAUAGGUUGAAGUUUACACAUUGUACACUUAAAAAAAAUAAAUAAAUAAUAAUAAUAAAACUAUUGUCUUCUGCAGGUAUUGCAGAGUAGGUGUUUUCAAAUCUUUGUUUUCUUUUGGUUUUAUAAUUUUUUUUUCCUUUUGUGUAGGUUAGUGCCUAGAAGCAACAACAAACAAACUACUGUUAGUUAUUUUAUUUUUUCUCUUUGUAAAAUAUGUGCCACCUGCAUGACUUGUUCAAAUGUACACUAUACUUUGUUUUUAAAUUACACAGUAAUGCUUUUUUUUUUAAUAAAUAAAUGUGUUUCUCGGGCAGAUGAACUGCAGGAUGUAUUUAUUUAAUGGAUUUUUAACAUUUUUAAAUGUAUUGAAUAUUAUUUUACUGGGAUUGUUUUUUGGAGGGAAGGGUUAAAAAACAUUAAACACAAACUGAAAUUAUGUAAAUUCAGGGAUGACAUUUUCUCUGGAAGUUGGUUUAGUUUUUCAUUGUUCGUUAUUUCUAAAAAAAAAAAAAGCAAAAAAAAAGCAAAAAAAAAAGAAAUACUCGUUGUAAGAUUUUGAUUUUUAACAAGCAUUUUUGGUAAGAACACCAACAUCCUCUUGUUUUUUUCUCUCUGUUUUAUAUCUUCUUAUUGGGCUACCUUUAGGAUUGCUUGUUCCUGAAUAGUUUCCAUGUAUGUAUUCUUUUACUCCCUCUAUGACAGUAUUGAUGCCUUUCCCACAAUAUUUGUGGACUACCUGAUAAAUAAUUAACUUAUCAUUUUUUUUUUGUGUUUCUAAAUAAAUAUUGUGUGUCCUAA